AUCUUCUUCUCUGCUCAAACAAAAUCCCCAUAUCCGUUUUCUGUCGCUCUAUUUUUCCUCUGAAACUAUUUUGAUGACAAUUCUUCACUUGCCUGCAAUCAAAGUGUUUUGCUUGACAGAGAAGAAGCAUAAAGAUGUUCCUAGCAAACCAUUGAAGUUUGGAGAAUCAAAUUCAAGAAGCACAACUAACAGAAAAGGUUCUUUUCAACAAGAACGCAAGCCCAAGAAGGUGAGUCUGGAAAUCUCACCUCAUAGAGCUGUGUCUGCAGUGAGGUUAAUGCGGAUAGAGUUUGGUGGUGCUUUUGCUGAUCUUUUAAACGAGAAAGGGAAGGGUUCAGGUGAUAACGAGAUGGGAUAUGUUGAAAGAACACUUGGGUUUUGCACUCGUGAUUUGGAUGAUAGAGAUCUCAGAUUGGUAACAGACAUUGUUGGAGGUACAAUUCGUUGGAGAAAAUACCUUGAUUAUUUAAUUUUGUCCUUGUGCCAUGAUCCAAACUCGUUUAGUCAUAUGGAGCCUCUGCUAUUACAGAUUCUUCGGAUUGGAUUCUAUGAGAUUGUAAAGCUAGAGGUCCCUUCAUAUGCUGUUGUAGAUGAGAACGUGCAGCUUGCAAAAAUUGCCCUUAGACCGGGUGCUGGUAACAUGGUGAAUGGGAUUCUAAGGAAGCUUGUUGCACUUAAGGAAAGCAACUCUCUUCCUUCACCUCAACUAGAGGGUGAUGAUCGAGCACAAGCACGAGCUCUUGCUACUAUUUAUUCUCAUCCAGUUUGGAUGGUGAGGCGCUGGACAAAAGACAUGGGACGUGAAGAAGCUAUUAAGCUUAUGAAGUGGAACAACAGCAGUCCCAGUUUUAGUUUAAGGGCUAAUAGAGGAAAAGGUUUUACACGAUCAGAUCUUGUGUCACGACUUGAAACUUUGAAGGUGCCCUAUGAGCUCUCUCCUCACCUAGAUGAUUUUGUUCGUAUCACAACGGGGAUGCAGAGUGUUUUACAAGAUGGACUACUAAAAGAAGGAUUAUGUUCUGUCCAAGAUGAAAGUGCAGGUUUGGUAAUUUCUAUUGUUGAUCCACAACCUGGAGAGACCAUAAUCGACUGUUGUGCUGCUCCGGGAGGGAAAACACUCUUCAUGGCUGCCCGUUUAAAUGGCCAAGGAAUGGUAACUGCAAUUGACAUAAACAAAGGGCGGUUGAGGAUCCUCAAAGAGACAGCUAAAUUGCAACAACUUGAUGAUGUCAUCACUACUGUGCAUGCUGAUCUUCGUUCAUUUCCUGAGAAUAAUCAUGUGAAGUAUGAUAAAGUGUUGUUGGAUGCCCCUUGUUCUGGACUUGGUGUUCUUUCCAAGAGAGCAGAUUUACGGUGGAAUAGAAAGUCUGAAGAUAUGGAACAACUUAAAAGUUUGCAAGAUGAACUUCUUGAUGCGGCUUCCAUGUUGGUAAAACCUGGUGGAGUGCUAGUAUACAGCACCUGCUCAAUUGACCCUGAAGAGAAUGAACAGAGGGUGGCUGCAUUUCUUCUCAGGCAUCAGGAAUACAGCAUAGAGUCUUCAGAGAGAUACAUAUCGCCUGAAUUUUUGAGUGAGGAGGGUUACUAUUUCUCUAGCCCUGUCAACCAUUCUCUUGAUGGAGCCUUUGCAGCACGCCUCCUUCGUUGUUCUUGAUUUACCAUGCUUCUUCUGUUUUGUAAAUUGGAAAGAACACCAGUAUUAGAGAUGAUCUUUAACCACAGAAACCAUGCAGAAUUUGACUUUGCAGAUUUAGAGUUGAUGUUCUGAGGCAUGCAGAUGGCUACGGGAUAACACGAAUGAUGGUUGUGAAAUGAAGAGGCUCAGCAGAUAAUGAAGAGGCACAUCAUCAACCUACUAGUUAGUAUAUGACUUAUGGAACCCAUGUAUGUGGUUAUACCAUAUCAAAAGCAACACAUUUUAGGUGUCAGUGGUGUAAAUUACUUCAUGUUUGGAAAAACACAGUUUGUGCCACUAGAGAUAUACAGUCUCACUCUCACAGCAGCUCCAAAACAUUAAUAGCUUGUUUAUCUCUUUUUCUCGGACC